AUGGCGUGUCUCUAUCAGCAUCGACCGCCACAUACCAUCUCCCCCGAAGCUCGCAGAACGAAACGAAUUGUAUCAAGCAUCGACCGCCACGUCACGCACCACCGGAGCACCUCCAUCGGGCGUGGCCUGCACUGCACAUGCGACACCAACAGUCACCGGCCGUGCAUGAUGCCUAGCGGCCACGAGCGUCUCGACGCCGGGAACAGCGUCUCCUUCGGCCGCGACGUCGGGGAGGCCGCCAGGGGCAGGCUCUUCAUCGACUGGCGCCGCGGCCCCGACGUCGUCCUCCCGCCCGGGCACCACCGAGGCUUUGCCCUCCCCUCCAUGCCCUUCUCGUCGUGGAUGGCGCACCCGGCCGGACCCGGCGGCGCUGGCGGCAGGAUGUUCCUCCAGGCGACUACUCCGGCGUCCGUCUACGACUACGACGCCUACCAGUACCAACACCAACACCACCACCAGCGGCGACACAUCGGGUACGACGGCUACGGGGCGGCACCCGGCAGGCAGGUGCUCUUCUACCAGCCGCAGCAGCAAUACCACCGCCAGCACCAGUCGCUGGUCCUGGAGUCGGUGCCGGUGCGCAUGGCGGCAGCGCCAGGCCUGUACGUGCGUGCAUGCAUGCGCCAGAAGAUUGAAUGCUACGAGGGAGGGGACUUAAUUAAUUCAGGUGCUUUUUGA